AUCCAAGCGGCCACUUGGACUGGAAAAUCUCUGGCUCCUGUGAUUUCUCGCGAAUCGUCGUUUCAAUUGCUGAUCUAGUGCUGAGAUCUGUCUGCUAUGAGGAGUGUUUUCUAGGCGUCGUGUGCGUGGGAUUAUCGGUUCACCGUGAUGAAGCUCAAAUUUCCACCCUAGAGGCCAUUCUUUGUGCCUGAUGUGGGGAAAUACCCUCUAAGAAGCACUGAGUGAUUUGGGGCUCGCAGUGAUGAACUCGAACAAGAAGAUCUUUUGAUAGGAUUGGGACUUUGUUCCAGCAGGUUCUGAGCGAUCGAUCAUUUUGAUUUGAGUCACAGGGAUGAGAAAUUCUGUGAAAAUCUGUCAAUCCUCCGAGAAGCUCCCGAUCGAGCUCUAGUGACGACAGUACAGGCCUGAGUGACGAACACAAGAAGACGCAAAUCAACGGUGUUGAGCGGCAACACGUGUCGAGAUCGCGAACCCGACUCUAGAUACUUAUAAAGUGCCAGCGAGAGAGAGAGAGAAAAAAAAUAUCGCCACGGUAUCAGUGAAGAUUCCCCCGCGUCUGGGGAAACCGUGUGAAAAAACUUUCUUUUCCAUUUUACGGAUAGGGCGCCUGCGGUUGCAGUCCCGCCACGUGUACCACGGGCAGCCCCAUCGAAACCGUUUACACGCAUCCGACGGCGGACCGGCUGCCCGGGGCGCCAGCCGUGCGAUACACAUCCGACGGCUAGAGAUCAAAAUCGACGUCCGAUCCGGGAUCCAACGGCCGGGGGCCCCGAGGAAUGUGGACCGCCCGAUGGGGAUCUAACGGCCAGGACAGCGUGGACACCGCUUUUAAAGGAGCCCUCGGUUCCUCUCUUCCGUCAUGUGUUCUAGGGUUUCGGUAGGGAUCUGCCGCCGAGCCCUGGCCUAGUGAUUAGGGUGUGGGGAUCGGCCUCCAGGUGCGUGUGAUCGAUGGAAUCUGUGUCGGCAAUGCCGAAAGAAUCCAAGCGCGAGGUCCGCAAGCGCUUGAAGCUCGACCUGGAACAGGUUAUCGGGAUUAGCACCAAGAUUGAGGCGCUAGAGCAGCAGUCCAGAUCGUCGGGCACUCUCGGCACGCCGGGCACGGGCGGCAGCAGCAAGGAGAAGCGGACGCCCAAGGCGAAUCAGAUGUACAGCACCUCGGAGUAUUUCUCGGCCAAGGACAAGAUGCCGCCGCCGGAGAAGGUCAAGCCCAAGGCGCUCGUCCCGCCCAAGAAAGGGACUAAGGGCGACAUUGACAACAAGCGGCAAAGGGUGGAGCUAGCGCGGAUGAAGAGGAUGGGCGACAUAAUGAAACAGUGUGGGACGCUGCUCAAGAAGCUCAUCACCCACAAGCACGCUUGGGUUUUCAACGAGCCCGUGGACGCUGUCAAACUCGGGCUCCACGACUACCACAAGGUGAUCCGGCGGCCCAUGGACCUGGGCACCAUCAAGAAGAAGCUCGAGGGCGGCCACUACCGCACGCCAGUCGAGUUUGCGGACGAUGUCAAGCUCACCUUUUCGAAUGCCAUGACUUACAACCCGCCCGGGCACGACGUGUUCAUCAUGGCGGACAUACUUCGCCAGAUUUUCGAUGAGAGGUGGAGGUGCAUCAAGGAGAAGCUGGAGGAGGAGCAGACCAAGUGCCGGGUGGAGGACGAGGUGUUUGCGGAGAUUGCUCAGGGGAACCCAAACCCGGCCUUGCAGAACCUCAAGCAGAGCCUCCUCAGCAUCGAGGAUCAAUUGUCGUCGCUCAAGAAACCCGCCGGGGCUCCCAGGGGAAGCAAGAAGUCGGGCAAGAGACAGAUGACUUACGAGGAGAAGACGGAGCUGGGUAAGAAUCUGGAGAAGGUGUUGGAGCAGAACCCAGGUGACAAAGCCGACGAGAUCGUUUUGCUACUCAAGAAGCACAACCCAAACCUUAGCCAGAGCGAGGAUACGAUCGAAGUCGACAUUGAUGGGAUCGACAACGACACACUAUGGGAGCUUCACAAGAUGGUUGCGAGCUGUAUGAAGCCGAAAAACAAGAAGAGGCCCCGGCCGCAGCCAGCAGAAGGCAUCAAGCAGACCGGGGGAACGGCUCCGGGAGAUUCACCGAAGAAGAGUCGAAAGAGUGGUGAAGGGCUAGAUGAGGACGUCGAUAUCGAUGGAGAGGACGACAUGCCUACAGCCAAUUAUUCACCUGUUGUAGUUGACAAAGAUACACCUAAUGAUGGAAGAGAGUCGUCUGGAGGAAGUUCUUCCAGCAGCUCUGGUUCAGAUUCCAGUGAAUCGGAUUCCGGGAGCUCUUCUCACAGCGAUUCCGACGCCGAAGGUCCUCGAACUGCUGGUAUAGAGAAGCCUACCUCUCAGAAGGAGCCUAUGGGUUUUGGUGCUGUUCGCGAGCAAUUAUCCAGCCCGUCUGACAAGAUUGACGGUGCAAAACAGCCCGUAACAGUCAGACCUGGGGAGGCUGGGGACUUACCUGAAUCUCAAGCCGAAAAAUCAGCAGAGAAACUCCAAUCUGAGAGGCCAGUCUCUCCCGAAAAGAGCGUUCGUGCAGCUCUGCUGAAAGGUCGCUUUGCCGAUACCAUUUUGAAAGCUCGGGAGAAGACUUUCCCGCUCAAGAGCGGGGACAACGUCGAUCCGGAAAAGCUUCGCAAGGAGCGGGAGGAACUCGAAAGGAAGUUAAGAGAAGAUAAAGCACGGUUACAGGCAGAUGCCAAGGCUGCAGAGGUCGCUCGCAAAAAAGCCGAAGCGGAAGCUGCGACGGAGGCCAGGAAGAAACGAGAAGUGGAACGAGAGGCCGCUCGGAAGGCUCUGCAACAGAUGGAAAGAACAGUGGAUCUCGACGCGCACUGUGAGAUUCUCAAGGAUUUCGACCUGAUGAGGACGAGCUCCAAGGAGCACUUCCAGAGCUCGGCGGGGGAAGUGAGCCCCCCGAAUUCUCCGGAUGGAUUGCCGGGCUUCACUCUUCCACAAGGCGCCGGGAACGCGCUGGAGCAACUGGGCCUGUUCAUGAAGCUGGACGAGGAGGAGGAUGACAAGCAGGGGGAUGGCGAGGUUGCGUACGCGGACGAAAACGGCGAGGUGGAAGAAGGCGAGAUUGAUUGAAUUUGAUUGAUUCCAUUAUACAAGUCGUGGGGGAGACAGGUUAGUCAAGAAAUUUUGGUCACCUUGUAAUUACUUACGCACUUUCACCGGGAUGUAAUUUGGAAAAGAGGGGAAAAAUCAAACUAAAAAGCAUUACAGAUGAAAAUUGUAUUCAUUUUGCUGGUUAAACAAGGGUUUCAAUGGA